AUGUAUAGGCCAAGGAAAAGAAGAAUGGACAAGGGAAAUUGUUCCACAUUGACUAACUUCAUUCUAAUGGGAAUUACCAGUAAGCUUGAGAUGAAAGUGAUCCUCUUUAUUGUGUUUUCACUUGUUUAUCUCAUCAAUCUUGUUGGAAACCUGGGAAUGAUCACAUUAAUCCGAGUGGACUCCCGGCUUCACACACCCAUGUACUACUUUCUCAGCCACCUGUCUUUCUGUGACCUCUGCUACUCCACCGCAAUUGGGCCCAAGAUGCUGGUGGAUAUCUUUAGCAAGAACAAAGCAAUUCCUUUCUUUGGCUGUGCUCUGCAAUUCUUUAUUAGCUGUACCUUUGUAGAUUCUGAAUGUGUGCUGCUGGCAGUGAUGGCCUUUGAUCGCUACAAGGCCAUCAGCAACCCCUUGCUCUACACAACAAACAUGUCCAGUAGGGUGUGCACCCUGCUCAUGGCUGCGGUUUACCUGGUGGGAUUGGCAGAUGCCUUGAUUCAUACAACCUUAACAUUCCACUUAUGUUUCUGUCAGUCCAAUACGAUCGAUCAUUUCUUUUGUGAUAUCCCUCCCAUCUUACUACUGUCUUGUUCAGAUACACAAGUCAAUGAGUUAGCAAUAUUCAUAAUUUUUGGUUUUAUUGAACUGAGCACCAUUUCAGGAGUCCUUGUCUCUUAUUGUUACAUCAUCUCAUCAGUCUUGAAGAUCCGCUCUGCUGAGGGCAGGUUCAAAGCUUUUUCCACCUGCGCCUCCCACUUGACCGCAGUGGCGAUUUUCCAGGGAACCAUGCUCUUCAUGUAUUUCCGGCCGAGUUCUUCCUACUCCCUAGAUCAGGACAAAAUGACCUCUCUGUUUUAUACCCUUGUGAUCCCCAUGCUCAACCCUCUGAUUUAUAGCCUAAGGAACAAGGAUGUGAAAGAGGCUUUGUUAAAGCUGAGGAAUAAAAGUUGGUUUUAA